AAAAAAGUGCGUUUCGAAACGCAUGUCAAAAAGUGAGUUUAAAAAACAUGUAGAAUGCACAGCCAGCGCCAUCUUCAGAUCCUGAGCAGUCGGUAAAAUCAGAAAUAAAUUAUCAUUUACUAUUCUCUUAUGCUCACUGUUCUCACGUGGAGUUCAAGGCAGAUCGGAAUGAAUUUUGAGGUUAUGUUUUGCGUAUUCGCAUUUGUGUCUAUGCGUGCAAUACUUUCUUUGUGUAAAUAAUAUGCAGCGGACCGGAGAAGUCAAUGAAGAGAAGAAAACUUGGACGGAAGAGGAGCGUUUGGAGCUUGCUGCGAAAUUAGAUGCCGAACUGGAUGAGUACAUAAAUAGUUUAGAAAAAAAGAGUUAUACGGAAGGAUGGCCAGAGGACAGGUGGCAAGAGGAGAUGGAGAAGCAUCCCUUCUUCAUGAAAAAGGCGCCGGAACCCGGCGAAGAACUGUCUCCUCUGAUGGAGGGACUGCAGAAACUCAAAUAUGGAGAAGAUGAGAAUACUCCUGAAGAAUUGGCAACCAAUUACAAAGAAGAUGGAAAUUUUAAUUAUAAAUAUAAAAAGUAUCGUCUUGCUAUUCUUAGUUAUACAGAAGGGAUAAGAACCAAAUGUAAAGAUAAUGAUUUGAUGGCUCAACUUCACAAUAAUAGGGCUGCAGCACAUUUCAUGUUGCAGAAUUAUAGAUCGUGUUUAAAUGAUUGUAAGCUGGCCUUAAAGUUCAAGCCGGAAUAUCCAAAGGCUUUAAGUCGAGCUGCUACUUGUUGUUUUCACAUUAAAGAUUAUACUCAAUGCAUUGAUUUAUGUGAACAAUUUCUUAAUAACAAUCCAAAUGAUAAAAGAAUAUUGAAAUUAAGAGCUGAUGCUGUACUUGCACAAAAAUCUUUGCAAAGAGAUAAGAGGAAGCAAGAAAGAACAGAGAAAAAAUUGGAGAAGGAGGAGGAGAAAUUGUUGGAAAUAAUUCUAAGAAGGGGUAUUACUUUAGAACUAAUGAAUGCCAAACAAAAGUUAGAAUUGAACGAUUUAGAGCCGCAAUUACCGCAAAUAGCGCUAUGUAAAGUGCAUCUCGAGGGAGAUAAGCUCGUGUGGCCAGUGAUGUUUUUAUACCCAGAAGCUCAGCAAACUGACUUUGUACAAAAUUUUCACGAAGAUACAUUAUUAAUCGAUCAGUUAAUCGAAAUGUUUGAGAAACCUCUUGACUGGGACGUAAAACAUCGUUAUACUGUGAACAAUAUAAACAUAUAUUUCGAAGGCAAAAACAAAUGCUCCGUUCAUACAGUAGAUGUUCAACUCACGUUAGGCGAGAUAUUACGAGACAAGCAGUUUGUAGUUCGCGGUGGUACGCCAGCUUUCUUGAUACUCGUAAAAUCCAGUGAAGCAGAAGAACGUUUCUUAGCAAAUUAUUGAAUCAAUGUUAUUAUGUGUAUAUACAAUAAUGUAUGUUGAUGAUUUUAAAACAACAUUGACGAAUAGAAUUAGAGAGAGGAAGAAAGGAGGCAUUUUCCUCGGAAAUUUAUUCUCGUUCGAUCGUUCUGCAAAACGACGGCGGGAUCGGUAAGCGGCAGGGGGUCGUCGAUCGGAAGGUGGUGCCACCUGCAGCACCUGUCCACGCCAGGUGGGAAUAAAGAGAAGGAGCCGCAGUAGCCUGAAAUUCAGUUGAGCCGACGCCGUGGGACACGUGUUAACGUAAUCUCUUUACUACGGUAAGCACCGCGAAAAUUACAUUAAACUCGCGACCGGUUUGGUGCUCGAGACGUUGGCGGUGCGUAAACGGAGGGAUUUUUACGAGGGGGGAACGCGAGGAAGGUGAACGCGUCGUAAGGGCCGUCUUGAUUCAGGACCU